AUUCGGACCGUUUGACGGUGGACGAUACAAAUCCGCCGUGGGGUGCCUCAUCAGUGCAUUCCCCGAGGAGAGACAACGCGUGACGCACCUGAUUUGUAAACACCUGAAUGUUGUGUCACUUUUCUAAAGUUAUAAAAAAGUUUUAACUUCCUAUUCAAAUUCAAACUUGUAGAGGCUUUAACAAAGUGAUUUUCUUUACUAAGGAUUUAUCAACAUGACAGUGGGUAAUUAUGAUCUGUGGGAUAAAAAGAAACCCCCCGUCGACGGGGUUCAGGGUUCCUAUUCCGACGGAAGUGGCCCCGUGGUGAACACGAAUGGCAGCUCGAACACACUCGACAUUUAUGAGGAGGAGGAGGAUCGUGGGCAGUGGGGCUCCAAAUGGGAGUUUAUUUUGUCGUGUAUCGGUUUGUCUGUUGGGCUGGGUAAUGUCUGGAGAUUUCCCUAUCUGGCCUACGAUAAUGGCGGAGCUGCCUUUGUGAUUGCCUACUUGAUCCUACAGUUUCUGAUUGGGAAACCUAUGUACUUCAUGGAGCUGGUCAUGGGUCAGUUCUCAGGGAAAGGCCCUACAGCUGUGUGGAAUAUGAACCCAAGUGCCAAGGGUAUUGGUAUAUCCAUGGCCCUGAUUUCUGUAGUAGUGGCAAUCUACUAUAAUGUCAUCAUGGCCUACACCCUGUUUUAUUUCUUCUCAUCCAUGCAGGAAACUCUUCCAUGGACACAGUGUAAACCAGAGUGGUAUGCUUUGGGAUGUGUAGAACAGACAACAAGGAAUAUUCCCUAUUGCUCGUUUAACAUGUCUGUGAAUGAGGAGCUGUAUAUUAACAAGAAUAAGACCUGUCGCUGUUAUGAAAAUUCCACUUAUCAUCAAUCCAGCUACUUUGCUCAAAGUGACUUCAACUGUACCACAACUAAGUGGAAAGGGGACAAACCUGUUGCUGUGGCCCAACUUUUCUUUGACAAGGACGUGAUUGAGAAGACGCCAACCAUUGCAGCAGAUGAGAUGGGUGCCCCCCUGUGGCGCCUGGCACUCUGUCUUCUGCUUUCAUGGAUUAUUGUCGUCUGCUGUCUCAUCAAAGGGGUCAAAUCAUCUGGAAAGGUUGUAUAUUUUACGGCAACAUUCCCGUACGUCAUACUGCUCAUCCUUCUGGUACGUGGGGCGACACUAGAUGGCGCUAUUGACGGAGUUAAAUUUUUCAUUAUUCCAAAAUGGGAGAAACUUCUAGAUCUAAAGGUAUGGGUGGCUGCUGCUGGUCAGAUGUUUUUCUCUUUAAGUGUGUCCUUUGGAGGCAUCAUCAUGUUUGGUAGCUACAACAAAUUCAAAAACAAUGUCUAUGGGGAUGCCAUGUUGAUUGCUGUUAUGGAUGUAGUGACGAGUCUUAUCGCUGGUUUUGUCAUCUUUACCACAUUUGGUGGAAUGGCGAAAAAAAUUGGUGUAGAUGUUGAAGAUGUUGCUAAAUCUGGUUAUGGACUUGCUUUUGUGGCGUAUCCAGAAGCCUUAUCACAACUUCCUAUAUCACAGCUGUGGUCUGUCCUCUUUUUCUUUAUGUUGUUUACACUAGGACUGGACAGUGAGUUUGCACUGCUAGAAACCUUUUUAACUUGCAUCCAAGAUGAGUUCCCAUCUACACGUAAAUACAAGAGUUACAUGUGUGUAGGAAUGGGUAUCAUCUGCUUUUUCUUGGCCCUGCCAAGUGUGACACCGGCAGGAGAUUACGUAGUAACCAUUAUGGACCAUUUUGGUGCUGAUUUCUCUGUCCUUUUUGUAGCAGCUUGUGAAGGUGUAGCUGUUAUGUGGGUCUAUGGUGCCCCUCGCUUCCUCCGUGACAUAGAGUAUAUGUUGGGUCACUCUCCCACUCCUAAGUUUUACUGGCUCUUCUGCUGGAUCAUCUGUGCUCCUAUUUUAAUUUCUUUGCUGUUUAUCUACCGUAUGGUUGAGUAUAAACCUCUGGAGAUCAGUGAAGGGGUAGAGUACCCUCAGUAUGCCCAGACCAUUGGCUGGAUCCUCACAUCUUUUGUUAUGAGUCCUAUUCCUAUCUUCUUUAUCUACAAACUCAUUAGUACUGGUGGAUCAUUCAUAGAGCGGAUACGCAUCAUCACUUCACCAAAUGACCAAUGGGGACCAAAUGAUGGCAGUGACAAAUAUGCCCUCUCACCAUCACAGAAGGAAGGAAAAUUUGGAGUGGACAACCCAGGUCACAUGUAAUGGAGGGCAGUGUCUACUGGAUUCAUGUAUCAGUGAAAUCCCUUAUAAUGGCUGCAUGCCAAAAUUAUCUGUGCUAGCAUAUUGUGGAAAAUUCAUUCACUUCCAAUUAAUGUAAAUUUUCCUAAAGUACUUGAAGAUCAAAACAAGGGACAAUAUACUCUUUUGUAUACAUAUAGGUUGUUUGGAUAAUACUCAAUGAAUAUGUAUAUCUGGUCCAACCAUGUUAACUAUAAGGUAUAUACAAUGUAGUUAAAUUGGACACUAUCUUUAGGAAAAUAUAGCAGGUAUAUUCAUAAUCAGCAAAAACUGACUUUUUAAACUUGGUAUACAUGAUUUUAGACAUAAUUACAUGUAUCUGGCCAUUAGUUCUGAAAGAAUUAUAUCUAUUAUUCAAACAACCUAGAAAGCCACAGGUUUUUGUGUCCGCUCUAUUUCCACAAACCAGGAUGGACACAAAACCCACGGCUUUGCAACGAUGUUUUUCAAAUUAUUUUAAAUUAUUAUGCUCCUAAAGUCUCAUCAUGAAUCAGCUGGCAAUUUUAAAAUUGAUUGCCUGCAGAUAUCUUCUUAAUGUAAUGUAUGAAGUUAACUAAAUAUGAAAAAAGCACCUGUAGUCCCAAUUUCUUUGGUGAAUAAAAUAUUAUUUUCUUA